GGUAGUCCGCAAUCCGCAUUCCCCAGCUUGGGCCUGACUAAUAUGAAACACACAAUCUGGGCUGGAGAGCUUAGCCCAGAAGUAGACGCAGCAGUUAGGGUUAGAGCGCGCAUGGUAGAGUGCUUUAUAUAAAUACACGCACUCAUACAAAACCCUAAUUUUGGGCCAUCUAUCUAUAUACAACACAUACAAACACGUCGAGCUUGCCGCUUGUAGCAAUUUGAUCAAAAUCUGAACAUGGCGAGCGGCGGCGUAGCAAGAGAGCUCACUUCCAAAGAGGCUGACAUUCAGAAGAUGUUGGCGGCUGAGGUCCAUCUCGGUACCAAAAAUUGUGACUUUCAAAUGGAACGUUAUGUCUUCAAGCGCCGUAACGAUGGUAUUUAUAUUAUCAAUUUGGGCAAGACAUGGGAGAAGCUUCAGAUGGCAGCUAGAGUCAUUGUUGCCAUCGAGAAUCCCCAGGACAUUAUUGUCCAGUCUGCCAGGCCUUAUGGUCAGAGAGCGGUGUUGAAGUUCGCGCAGUACACGGGUGCCAAUGCUAUUGCUGGGCGUCACACUCCUGGUACUUUUACUAAUCAGUUGCAGACGUCGUUUAGUGAGCCCCGUCUCCUCAUUUUGACCGAUCCAAGAACUGAUCACCAGCCCAUCAAAGAAGCCGCGCUUGGAAAUAUUCCUACAAUUGCCUUCUGUGACACUGAUUCACCUAUGCGAUAUGUAGACAUUGGUAUCCCUGCAAAUAACAAAGGAAAGCACAGCAUUGGGUGCCUCUUCUGGAUACUAGCAAGGAUGGUCUUACAGAUGCGCGGUGUCAUCAAUCAAGGACCCAAAUGGGAGGUUAUGGUUGACUUGUUUUUCUACAGAGAGCCUGAAGAGGCAAAGGAAGAAGAAGAGGAAGCGGCAUUAGCUGAUUAUGCAGAUUACUCCGCUCCUGCUCUUGGCGGAACUGAUCAGUGGAGCAGCCAAAUUCCUGAUGCUCAGUGGAACAAUGAAGGGGUUCAAGCUGCUAUUCCUGCUGUUCCUGGAGCUACUGGCUGGACUGCUGAUGCUGUGCCAGCCGCCGAUGGAUGGGAUGUUGCACCUGAGCCUACAAUGGCUGCCGCACCUGGACUGGAUAUCACUCAACCAGGUGUUGUUGCUCCAACUUGGGAAUAAGCAUAGUUGAAAGUUUGGAUUUUUGUUGUUUUUACUUUAAAAGUUUUCCUGCCAAUCAGUGUUGAUGGUGAAUGUUGUUUCUGAACAACUUCAGAGAUAUUGUAGCUUAAUAGAGGAUUUUUGACAGCAAUGAUGCGGUAUUGAAUCAGUCCUAUUCUAUUUUUUCAAUGUUCAGAACUUGUUUUUUGUAA